ACCAAAAUAUUUGCGUACCAAACACCGCUGCUCCCCUCACCGUGCUGCUCAGAUUUGACACGGAAGUGCGGAAACAAAAUCCAAAGCCUCCCGCAAAACAAAACAAAACGGUUCCCGAAUCCCCCUCAAACCCCCGAACCGGAACACCAUGGCAAAGUCCAAGCUCACCAUCGUCUCUCUGCUGCUCGUGGCAGCCUCGCUCGGCGCCGUGCUGCUCUGGUCCGCCGGAGCAAACGAUGGGGCCGCGAGCAGAUUCGCCCCCCCCACCCUCCCGUUCAGCCCCCUGGACGUCCUGCCCAUCCUGCCGCGGCGGGUCGCCAUGGCGGCGCUCCGGGCGCUCCGCGGCGCGUCCGACAUCUUCCCGGUGUUCGUUGGGGCGGCGUUGGCAGGCCCGGGGCCGGCGGGCGGCGCGCGGGCCGGGUGGAAGGGGGCCUGCUUCUACGAGAACGAGGCGUGGCUGGUCUUCCACAACGACUCCGGCUCCGAGUACGGCGGCGGCACGCUCCAUCUCAAGACAACCAAAGCACAUAGCUGGACCUGCAUGGAUCUUUAUGUGUUUGCAACACCAUACCGUGUAACAUGGGAUUACUACUUUCUGGGUCGUGAGCAUACCCUUGAAAUCAAAGAAUGGGAAAGCAAGGCCGAGUAUGAAUAUGUGAAACAUAAUGGAGUGUCCAUCUUCCUCAUGCCAUCAGGAACAAUCGGGACACUCAGAGCACUUUGGGAUGUUUUCCCUCUUUUCACAAAUACUGGAUGGGGUGAGAAUUCAAACCUUGCAUUUCUCAAGAAGCAUAUGGGCGCAACCUUUGAUGAACGGCCAAAACCAUGGGUUUCGGAACUAAAUGUGGAUGACAUCCACUCUGGAGAUUUUUUGGUUUUAUCCAAAAUUCGUGGGCGCUGGGGUGGUUUCGAAACCCUUGAGAAAUGGGUUACUGGAGCUUAUGCAGGACAUACCGCAGUUUGCCUGAGGGACUCUGAAGGAAAGCUGUGGGUUGGAGAAUCUGGUCAUGAAAAUGAGCAGGGAGAAGAUAUUAUUGCCAUCUUGCCAUGGGAAGAAUGGUGGGACUUCGAGGUGACUAAGGAUGAUUCAAAUCCUCAGAUUGCAUUGCUUCCGUUACGUCAAGAUUUGCGAGCAAAAUUUAAUGAGACCGCAGCUUGGAAUUAUGCAAAAAAGAUGAAUGGGAAGCCUUAUGGGUAUCAUAACAUGAUUUUCAGUUGGAUUGACACUAUAAGUCAUAACUAUCCACCGCCAUUAGAUGCUCACGUGGUUGCAUCUGUUAUGACUGUGUGGAACAAGCUUCAACCAGAUUAUGCUGCUAAUAUGUGGAAAGAAGCCCUUAACAAGCGGCUUGGAACUAAGGGUCUCGAUCUCCCUGAAAUCAUAGUGGAAUCAGAGAAACGUGGGACGACAUUCGACAAGUUGCUAACAAUUCCUGAGCAAGAUAAGUGGGUCUAUACUGAUGGUCAGUCAGCAUCUUGUGUGGCUUAUGUCCUCAUGAUGUACAAGGAGGCUGGACUCUUUGAGCCAAUUUCCAGCUCUGUGGAAGUCACGGAAUUCACAAUAAAAGAUGCUUACGUCCUAAACUUUUAUGAAGACAACACAACACGGCUCCCAGAGUGGUGCAACAAAGAUGACAGUGUUAAGCUCCCCUUUUGCCAAAUCAAGGGCAGAUACCGAAUGGAGCUGCCGGGAUACAACACCAUGAAACCAUACCCUCACAUGAAUGAAAGAUGUCCGUCGCUGCCGCCAGAUUACCUCAGGACUCAGAACUGCUGAGCAGUACUAUUAAUCGCUUUGUUUUAGUCAAUACUUUAGCUGUACAUAUCACGGUAGGUUUGGAUAUUUCCCUUUGAGAUACACAGCUCGCGGCAAGCAGGAUACAUCAUCUUCCUUUAAAUGUACAGCAUAGCUCUUCUGUAUCUGGCGCAUCACUGCUUUAGGGUUCUCAAAACAUUCAUAGUUCUAAAAUUUAGGUACACUUUCACAUAUAUGUAUGUGCGUUGUUGUAUUAAAGCUGAUUGUAAAAGGUUGAUGAAUGGCUGCAUAUUAGUUCUAUAUUUGUGCUAGCAUCUGAUUUGGCUCGUGUUGUGUGCUAAACAAGCCCCGGACCAAUUUGGACAAUAGGACCAAUUUGUACAAGAAUUUGGUCCGAAUGUAAAUGAGAAUUAUUAUUUUUGUAAAAA